AUUCGGUUACCCUCGUUUGUUCCUUCGGAAGCGUCGUGUUGCUAGCUGACGUCAUAUUAUGGAGAAAGUGCUCUAAUCGCAAUUUCAAUAGAGAAUAUUUACGAUACGAGUUUCACGUGUGUUUGACCAAACCAAAUGGAGUAGACACAACAGAACUAAGAGGGACUUUAUUUUGGAGUUUUAAGUGAAAUGAUAUUGAGGAUGUCAACUUGCUGGAGCCAGUGACUGACAAAAGUGAAAUCAUGAUGCGGGGUUUACACCCGUCCAAUGCAGGGGAGCUCCCAAUGACCAGGAACAUGCCGUUCUCCACUAAGACUAUGCCCAGUAAGUCCCACAACCGCAAUAUGACAGGGAUUUACCUGGGACUUGAGGGCAACAUCAAGCCCCCAGCGUCGAGGUCUCUAAACGUUCCUGUCAUAGCCCGGGGGCGGGGCAUGUCCCAGAGGAUUCGGACCCCGACCGAACAGAGAAGAUAUAAAAUGGUGGAACAGUUACGCAUUAAAGAAGAAAAGAGGGGUUUUGUUGGGCAGCCACUCAAGAGUGCUAAGAGAUCUCAUUCAGCUCAUGAGGCAGAGGAGAGGAGGAAAGCUCUAGGUGCCCCUGAGGGCAUGCCUCCAGGGGAUUUGAGCCCCAGGAGUUUUGGGGCAAGGAAAUGGGGCCCAGGCAAGGGUGUGGACAGGAACCAGUUCUAUGACCUUAUAAAGACAAACCCUCGUAACUACACAGUAGUGGUAAACAAUGGGGUGACACGCUCAGAGAACCUGUCAGGGAUGAUGAGUUUCUCCAUGGACCCCUCAGAAACCACGCCCCAGAUGGUAGACACGUUGACGGAGGAGGUCAACAGAAUCUCCGCCCAUGAGGAGGAGGCCAUCGGUCUGGAGGAGUGCUUCAAGAAAGUGUGCAAGGGUAAUGUGGAAUCUCUACAGACAUUAUUUCCACACAGGAAACACCCCACUGGUCUCCAGAGGGAGCACUCCCAAUACAGCACAGGCUUCACUGUCAGGAGUUACAGAAACCCCAACCAAGCUGAAAUCAUGGCCAACUUUUCUGAGGGUAAUACCCAGAGGCCACGCACAGUGCCUGUGGACUCUAUUCAUAACCGUCCUAUAGUACCUAGUCCAUAUUUCUUUCGUCAGUCUAACAAUCCAUACAAUAAACUGGGCACCAGCUCCAGUGCCAAAUCUCGAAAGUCGGCUCCCUCUCAACUGAACUUUGAUGGUCAGUUUUCUUCUGUUCCCGGGACGUCACGAAUGGCUGCACUUCCUGGAGCAGGUGCCCUUACACGCUCCCUGAAGUCUCGGUCAGCAGCGUGGAGUGAAAGCGACUUCAAACUGCACGGAAAGCUUCAUGGUACUCCAAGAGAAGUCCUCCCCAAACCCGAGGAGAAUAGUGUCAUGGAGACCGUUAUUAAAGGUGCCACAAUCAAAGGGAACACUAGUUCAAAAGGAGGGAAACAGGUGCAAAUCUCCAUGAAACUAAGCUCUGGACAAGAUUCCGGCAACAGCCAAGAGCAGACUAACCCGCCCAACAAAAUGAUGGACACCAUGGAAAAGACCUUGUCGAAGGAGAAAAAGGAUAAUUUUGAGAUUGAAGUAGCUGAUGAGCACGGAAAGGCCGGGCAGGUGGAAAUUGACUCCCCUGAAGAGGAACUUCAAGAGCCCACUCCCAUUAAAGGCAAUGUUCGUAAGACUUCAAUAAGUGAAAAAGUGGAGAAGACGCGGUUAUCGCAAGCCUACAUAGAAACCAUAAAGGAAAAUGCUGAAAAGAGGAAAAAACAGUUUGAGCAGAUGCUGGAUGAGCAUGCAGAAAUAGUGCAGGAAAUUGGACGGGCGGGGAGCAGGGAGAGCUUAGAAGAUCAGAGGGACCACUGAGUGCCACUCCCCAUCCCCCGCCAAUCAAACCACUAUAGCAAUAUCACACACAGGGAGUUAGCAUGCCAUACCCUCUAACAUCUCUCACUUUUUGUCAAAUUUUCUGUAUUGUGAGAUGCAGAGUUACCAGUGUUUUAUUAGAAGAUCGUCAGGUGAGGAAAUGGGAUAUAAAAAAGGACCUGCAGUUAGGCAAUUACAGAUAUCAUCAUUUAGUGAGCGGAAGAGAAACUGCCAUCUGAUAUCAUCAGUCCCAUUAUUGUCUUCCAGACAGCAGUCGCUAGGAGACAGGAAACUGUGAUAAUUUCAUUGCCAUGGUGACAAAUCUCGCCAUAGCAACAAUUUAUUGGACUGAAGCAUUGGAAUCCUGAAAGUUGUUCCAACAUUCGGUCUUUGGAAUCUCAUUUAUUUGUCAUUAUGCCUAUUGAAUUGAUAUGAAUUAAAUUCUGCUGUAAUUCGGAAAAAAAAAGCAUCUUAUAAUCAGAACAAUUGUAGAAGUGCAAUUUUGUUUUAGAGUGACAAGCUUUCAUGUUAAAUUAGUAAAUGAUUUUAAUUGAAGUCUAGUAUGCUCCAUCUAAUUUGGACACAACAACUUUCAGCUCUGAUAUAUAUUUUAAUAAAUAAAUCAUUAUGUCUGGGAUGUUCAUGCAAACUCAUGUUUUAAGGUAUAGAUUCAUAUUGUUUUACAUACUAGAGGAAAAUCAUUGUUUUCUCCUUGAAUGAAUGUUUUUUUGUGUGGGUGCUACAAGAGAUGUACAUUAUACUGUAUCAUGUAAUUGUGAGAUUUUUAUCAUACAUAUUUUAGGGGCCACAUGGUAGUUUUGAAGAUGUCGAUGUAUUUUAAUAUUGAUCAGUAUAAUGAAUAUUUGAUAGUAUAUAAAGAGUAGAGAUAACGUUUUGUAAUGUAAUACAGUUGUAUUAAGAAUGUCAUUAGUUUGUAUUAUCUAUAACCGAACGUAAGGACAUCUUUCUUUGUAAGGGCACCUGCAGACAGUAGCCAGAUCAUGUUAGCUUGUUUUGUUCUGUGUAGUGCUGCCAUGUCUAAAUCAGGUGUAGUUAAGUCUGAUGCGCUUUUGGCCUCCAUGCCUUUCUGUAUAUCACACUCUUAGUUCAACUGUUACAUGGUCUAUAGCUUAAUGUACUUCAUUGUACAUAAAACUGCAGUCAUACAAAUGAACUAUGUUCCAAAAUAUACUCAAAAGCUAUGCAGAUGGGAUCAUUCAUUCAGUCCUUCCCUGAAAGAAAUUCAGUCAAUUAUUUUCAAAUAUGUUUUCUUGACAGAAGUAUGGUUCUUCAAUGUCUGUUACGGUCCUUUUUUCAGUGUGUAUGCAAACACUGAAGAUAGCACGAGUUAGUACGAGUUUAUCGAGGGCUUAUCACAUUUAGCUCUUAUGUUAAUUUUUUAAAAUAUACAUAUUCUAUUAACAGUCUGGACUUAAUAUAUGAAUUCUAGAUUAUAAGAGUUUGGUGCUAUGUCACCUGUUUGUAUAUGUUUUGAUUUUCUGUGACCAUUAAUCAUUAAAGAUUAAAUAAAAUUACUUCUAUAAAUAAAA